GUAGAUUAUUCUAGAAGCUCAAACUCAAUGUGUAUAAAUGCAAUGCUCUUUCUGUGGUACCAGAAACAAGUCAGAAACAAACCAAAUCUAUACAGAAGAAGAAAAAAAGAAAUCAUCAAUUCAACAACUUGAAAAAUGGCAAACACCCAAAGAACAGCCAUCGGAAUCGACCUGGGAACAACCUACUCUUGUGUUGGAGUCUUCCAGCAUGGAAAAGUUGAGAUCAUUGCAAACGAUCAAGGCAACAGGACCACACCUAGCCACGUUGCAUUCACAGACACCGAGCGACUUAUCGGAGAUGCAGCAAAGCAGCAAGUAGCUCGAAAUCCUGAAGGGAGCAUAUUCGAUGCCAAGAGACUCAUUGGACGCAAGUACACAGAUCCUGUUGUUGCAGCUGACAUGAAGAAUUGGCCAUUCAAAGUCGUCAGCGACUCUGGAAAACCAAACUUCAGAGUAAACUUCAAAGGCGAAGACAAGAACUUCACACCAGAGGAAAUCAGCUCCAUGAUACUAACAAAGAUGAAGGACACAGCUGAGGCAUAUCUCGGACAAACUGUUACUGAUGCAGUUGUCACGGUUCCGGCCUACUUCAACGAUGCACAGAGACAAGCCACAAAGGAUGCUGGACACAUUGCCGGACUGAAUGUACUUAGGAUCAUCAACGAACCCACUGCAGCUGCUUUGGCGUAUGGACUCGACAACAAAGCUGGACUUGAAGACAAAGAGAAGAAUGUUCUCAUCUUUGAUCUAGGAGGUGGUACGUUUGAUGUGUCUAUUUUGACCAUCUCUGAAGGAUCCAUGUUUGAAGUGCGCUCCACGGCCGGCGACACCCACCUGGGUGGAGAAGACUUUGACAACCGUCUUGUUGACCAUUUUGUUAAUGAGUUCAAAAGAAAGUUCCACAAAGACUUGAGCAAAAAUCCACGUGCUCUAAGAAGACUGAGGACAGCCAGUGAGAAAGCGAAGAGGACCCUUUCUUCAAGCACAGAAGCUGCUAUUGAAGUGGACGCUCUACACCAAGGAGUGGACUUUUUCUCUAAAAUCACCCGUGCACGAUUUGAGGAACUCUGCAUAGACCUCUUCAGAUCCUGCCUUCAGCCAGUGGAGAAAGCACUGACUGAUGCUAAGCUAGACAAGGCUCAGAUCGAUGAGAUCGUUCUAGUCGGUGGCUCCACAAGGAUCCCACGAAUCCAAAAGAUGCUGCAAGAUUACUUCAAUGGCAAAGAACUCAACAAAUCGAUCAACCCUGACGAGGCUGUUGCAUAUGGAGCUGCCAUACAGGCUGCCGUUCUCACUGGAAACAAGAGCGAUGUGGUGCAAGAUAUGCUUCUGGUCGAUGUGGCUCCACUCUCUCUCGGUAUCGAAACUGCUGGAGGUAUGAUGACAAAACAGAUUGAGCGAAACACGAGAAUUCCAAAACGCACGUCACAAGUUUUCACAACCUACUCCGACAACCAGCAGGCUGUUACUAUCCAAGUAUUUGAGGGUGAACGAGUGAUGACAAAGGACAAUAACUUACUAGGCACUUUCGAACUCAAUGGCAUUCCCCCUGCCCCGAGAGGAGUACCCAAGAUCGAAGUGACCUUCGAUAUCGAUGCCAAUGGUAUCCUGAAUGUUUCUGCUAAAGACCAGAGCACUGGGAAGAAGAACGAAAUCACCAUCAAUGAUAACGGUAAACUAUCAAAGGAAGAUAUCGAAAAAAUGCUCUUCGAUGCUCAAAAGUACAAAGCUGAUGACGAGGCACAGCAGCAGCGAAUUGAGGCAAGGAACAAACUGGAAAGCUAUGCCUUCAGUGUACAGAGUGCAGCAAGAGAGUGUGAGAGCAAGAUUAGCAGCGAUGACUACCAGAAGAUCAGUGGAGAAGUUACAAGCACACUCAAAUGGCUGGAAGCAAAUCAACUUGCUGACAAAGAGGAACUGGAGUACAAGCUUUCAGAGCUACAGCAAGUAUGCAACCCCAUCAUGAGCAAGCUUCACCAGGGAGCCAAAAGUGAUGGAUCAAGUUCAACUGACACCGAUAAUGGUGGCCCUACCAUUGAGGAAAUGGACUAACUCAAUGUACUUUUAUGUAGUGUGUAUAUAGAUCUACACUGUUUUAUUAUGUUUUGUCAUGUGAGUGAGUGUUGUAAUAAUUAUAAUAAUAG